UGCUUAGACUCAAAGUGCAUUGUUUACUUUGGCUUAACAUUUAUUUAUUUCAUAGGCUAAAUUCCAUCAUUGUUUUCCAGAAAAAUGUAUAACGAAGCUCAGGAAUUGAAUAUAUGCGAUCUAAAUGAACACGUGCUAGAACAUAUAUUCCAUUACCUCCCACUUCGGGAUCUGGACCGAGCGGUUCAAGUUUGUAAAAAGUUUUACACCACCAUCAACAGCUAUAUAUUCGCUCGGCAAAGUGCUACCCUGCUACUAACUGGUCAUCAACAAAACUCGCAAAUCAAUCGCUCCGUUUCGAGAUCUGAUCGUAAUUUGAAUGAUUUCAGCUACAGAAAACGUAUCCAUCUUUUCGAUAAUUGGCGCUAUGGCCGUUAUUGUGAGUCGCAUAUGUUUAACCAUCGUAUGAUCUAUUUCUCGCAUAUUGUGCUAGAGAAGCGAUGGUUAUAUAUGACGCAUCGUGGGCAGCUUCGAGCCCACGAGAGAGUGAAAAAGGAUUACAUGCUGAAGAACCGAGCUAGUUGGACCAUUGGUAAGGAAAAAGAUCCUGAUAUCAGUUGGAUUGCCAAGAAGAGACAGAUACUCUUUGGGGGACGAACGGAUGGAACUUGUUUCGUGCAAGAUCAUAGCCAUCAUUGUUACAGCAGGCAACGAUUGGAGGAUGACGUUAUCACAUCGGUGGACUUUGAAGGAGACGUAUAUAUCUGCUCGACAAAAUCAAAAUGCACUUCAUUUUGGCGGGGAUCUAUAAACUAUGGGGAUUGCGAAUUGGAGUUGAUGCGUCGAUUGGAUGAACCCUAUCAAACCAUAAAACUGUCACCUGACGAUGGGAGCAAACUGGCGGUUGGGAAGUAUCAUGAUCGCAGUAAUGGAGCUCUGAGAAUAAUAGAUGUCGAGAGAGGCACAACAUCACGGCUUGAAUCGCCAACAAAAGCCGUAUAUCAACUCCUUUGGAGAGAUUACAAUACCAUUUUGACGGGGAAUUUCGACACUACGAUGCGGAUGGUGGAUAUCCGUACCUCAAGCGAUGCUGCGGUGUGGACCGAUCCUUACGAUGCAUCCGUAUAUUGUCUUGAUUACGAUGGCGCCUAUGCAGUUCUGUGCGGUAUGAAGUACCACUUCAGGGUCAAUUUAUACGAUUUACGUGUGCCGAAACGGUGCAUUCAAAUGUACUUCCCGUCGAAUAAGUUUUCACAAUACUCACCGGUGCACAGUGUGGCUGCCGAUUCUAGUCAACUCUUCAUCAUCACAGAUAACAAUCUACGAAUACUAAAUUUCGAUGUACAUGGGAAGGAAACAAAAGAUUACACAUGGGAUUUGAAUAAAUGGCUUUAUUGAAGAAAUAA